CGUCAAAACUUGGAGCGAGGCCGGAGUACAUGUGCAAACUUCUUAACAUGGUACGAAGAAGGGUGGACAAUGCGAUAGCCGACAUUACUUUAAAAUUUACUCUGAGCGCGUUGUGGAAUCUUACUGAUGAAAGUGCGGCCACCUGUAAAGUAUUCUUAGAAAACAGCGGAGAGGACAUAUUCUUAGGUGCCUUAAAAAUGUUUAGAAAUAACUCGGCCAUCGAGACCAAAGUUUUGGGUCUAUUAAACAACAUCGCCGAAGUGGCGAAACUAAGGAGAAACCUGCUAACCGAGAACCUAAUGGACGAACUGUUCGUCCUCUUAAGUUCCGAAAAUAUAGACGUAAGCUAUUUCGCCGCUGGGAUCGUCGCCAAUCUGGCCUCAGAAGGACCACACUUUUGGACGAUUCAAAACCAUAGUCGAGAACAAAUGCUGGAGGGACUGAAAAAUUCUGUGGCGAAUUGGAAAGUGCCGGAAAGCGAGAUGGUGGCUUACAGAAGCUUUAAACCGUUUUUUCCAUUGCUGCAAACAGGGAUGGAUUAUCAAGUGCAAUUGUGGGCUGUGUGGGCGAUACAUCAUGUUUGUACAAAGAAUCCAAAACGAUAUUGUCAUAUGCUCCUAGAAGAAAGAGGACGACGAAUUCUUAACGACCUACUAGAAUACGAGCACACCCACUAUGAAAUCAAGAACUAUUGCUGUCUGAUACUUCAAACGUUACCGAAUGGCGUCUAAUUGAUCUCCCCCAUACAGGACACCCGAUAAGAGGCUUAGAACUGUGUUGUAAGUCCUUUCAGUAGAGAAGUAU